AGUCUGAACUUCAAGAAAUAGGGAGGUAAAAUUAUACAAACCUGCAUAAAAAUUCAUGUUUAAAUUGAUUGUGGAAAAUCCAGAUAAACCCAUUGCAUCUGGACUUCAAGUUAAAGCUGUUGUGGAAUAUACUCCCAAGUGUGUAGAAGAUCUUCAGGAUAAACUAACCCUUUUAGUGGAAGAUGAUGUAGUUCAUAUCCCCCUGCUUGGAUUAAUUCCAUACUGUGAUCUGGAAGUAGAGUCAGAGGUUAAUUUUGGUGAAAUGAUUGCAAACAAUAAACUAGUUACUAAAGAGAUUAGUGUUGCUAACCGUGGAACAACUUCAGGUGUAUUUAGAGUAACAUAUGAUGGGGUUGUCCUGCUUAAUAUAAAACCUGCCAGAGGAGUGGUAAAGCCAAAAUCUGUAAGGAAGAUUAAAGUGGAUAUCUGCACAGAUGUACCCGGAGUCAUCAAAGAAAUGAUGAAAGUGGAGUUGGAAAGUCGUGGCUUUACUGAAGUAUGGAUCAAAGGUGUUGUGGUUGAACAAGUUCUUAAAGUUCUUGGAGUGUCUUGUGGAAAAGCACUGAAAUGCAUUAACUUUGGACCUCUUUACUUUGGAACUUCAAAGACUGAAAAAGUAUUUUUAUACAAUGAAAGCUCGGAGUGUGUGGAUUGGGUAGCAGUACUGGAAGACAAUGCCAUUGGAGAAGAGAUGGGGACAGAUCUUCAGGGGAAUACAGAUGCUGUUCUACAUGACUUAAGCCUGAAAAAUAAAGAUUUAGAUGUUUCCACCUUGAUCUUGUGCUUUCCCAAUCAAGGAACUUUGCCUCCUCAUGAGAAAUCUUUGAUUACAAUCUGCUUUAGUCCAGAAAAAUUUGAAAGAGAGUUUGAAGUGAAUGAUGCAUCACUGAUUCAAGAUUAUGUCCUGUUUCUGAGAUUUGAAGCUGUUGGGGAGAGAGGUGACUGUCUGCAGAAGCUCAGUGGUGGUGCCACAGCAACCACAAGGAGUUUUUCUCGUCAUGUGGACUUAGCUUUGAUGGGUUCUGGGUUUCCUGUGAUAUUAACUUUUAAGCCAGGAAGAGUAAUUCAUUUUAAGGACUGUUAUUUGGGUGAGCAAGCACAAGUUGUGUGCACAAUGAAGAACGAAUCUGAGUUCCUACCAGUAACGUUCAGCUUCCGCAAGACUGCUCACUUCAAUAUUUCUCCUGAAAGAGGAAAACUUAAAAGAAAAUCUGAAAAGGAAGUGAUGAUUUCAUUUUCUCCACAUCAAAUAGGAGCAUUUGAGAUGAAGCAAAUUAUUGAUAUCAUUGGUACAAGAGUAGAUAAAAAUAAUGUAGAGGUUUUGAAGACAAAAUCCUUUCAUCAGAUAUAUUUGACCUUACUUGGUGUGUGCAAAUCUAAACAAACAAGCAUUGUAUUCACAAUUAAUCCUGGUCUAACACCGUUGAUUUCCAAUGCAACUGGACAAUUUGCAGUUCGUGGCACGGGACAGCUCAGUGUUACAGCACCUGUGGCAAUCCUUAAAUCAACCCAAACACAAAUUCACAUUCACCGGAAAAACAGGAAUUGUAAGGAUGAUGCACUUAUAGCUUUUCCUAAUGAUCGUGCAGCCAGCCUUAGGCCUAGUGAAUGGAACAAAACAUACAGGACUAUUUUCACAAAGACUGAGAGGUAUAAUUACAUAGACCCAGAAUUUGCUUAUACUGAGUCUGAAAGACUGUUAAGAGAAGAAAAUAGGAAACACUAUAUAAACUUCAUUUCCUGUUUGAGACAGCAUCGCUUAGAGAAAGAAUCUGCUAGGCAGUUUUAUAUUUAUAACACUUCUGUGAGCAUAGGCAUUAAACCAGCUGAAGGUCUGAAGUCACCAACAAUCUCAAUCGCAGAUUUUCCCAAGGAGAAGCCACAGUCCAGAAUGCUUCCUUUAGAUGACAAUUGCUUGUUAACUAGUCGAGAACUGGCAGCAAUUCUUUCUAAAUCUACAAACAAAGGAGUUUGGAGCUGGCUUAGUCCCAUGCCAUAUUCUACCAAGGAAAAGGAAGAUUGUCAUCUAACUUUGACACACAAACAGCUUCAUCAAAUAUUCAUUGGUCCUUCUACUAUAGAUUUUGGUGAGGUUUGUGUGUAUUCUACAACAACCAAAGAACUGCACAUCAUCAAUAACUUGUCAGUUCAUAUUUGGAUACAAAUUGAGAUUGAAGUUGAGGAACUGAGGGAGACAUCUCCAUUGUCUCAGGUGGUGCCUCCUCUUACAAAAACUCAUAUUCCAGUUGUGUUUGAGACGACCACUGUUGGAAUGUUUAAAAGAUCUUUGAGUUACAAAAUAAACAACCGACACAUUGGACAUGUGCUGGUAGUUGCACGUGCAAUGCCUAUUGAACUUCAGCUGUCUACAAGGGAACUGAUUCUGACUCCUGUUCCUGGCUGCCUAGCAGGGACAGAGUUUAGAAGAACUGUCAGGGUAUGCAAUCCCAGAAACUAUCCUGCUAGCUUUAGUUGGAAAUCUGUAACUGGAGAUAGAAAAUCUGCAUUUACUAUAAAGCCAAUCAGAGGGUUUGUGGAGGCCUAUAGUGAUGUGGAGUGUGAAGUUGUUUGGCAUCCAGGGUUCAACACUCUAGAAACAGGACAAUUCAUCUUGUCUGUGCGCAAAGGAAAUUCAAUUCACUUGAAAUGUUUUGCAAAGUUUGGUACUACUAGAGUUCAGUUUAUGGCCCAAAAUAUAUCCUUUUUUCAUAGUCCAAUUGAUUUCACUACUUGUAAGACAGCCACUAUUCUAAACACAGGACACAACCAUGCAUACUUCCAAGUUCUUGACACAAACCCACUGCCUGGAAUGAAAAUCACCCCCUCUGUAGGAGUGAUACCUGUGGGAGGCGUUGCUGAUCUCAAAAUCUCUUUCUCUCCAAAGACACACAUGAAUUUUGAUAAAAAAGUGGAGGUGGCAGUGAGGAAUGCAGCAGAACUCACACUUCGGAUUGGUGGAUUUUCAGAGAUCACUGAAAUAGGCAUUGAUGUGGAAGUAUUUGAAUUUGGUGGUCUUGCUGUUGGCGCUACAAAAUCAAUUCCAUUUUUACUGCAGAACAAGGGACAAUCUUGUACCAGAGUGGAGUUUGAUUUUUCUACAUAUAGGGAUUUUGAAUUGAAUGCUGAAGACAAUUCAGUGAUUGACCAUUCUCGUUCAAACCCCAAUUUGUAUUCAAUUACCUUAAAGGGAGGGUCAUCUUUGCAAUGCUUCUUGAUCUUGGUGCCAAAAAAGAUGGCAGCAUAUGACUUCAUUCUCCCAAUUGCUACUCCUCGAGCCAGUACCCCACCUCCAGUUCCUCCCGUGCCUCUGAAGCGCGGCGCAGUCGCACCUCAUCCGCCCCCGGAGGCUCCAGCUCUUCCACUCUGUAAAGUCAGAGCUCUUGUUACUCAACAAGUAUUGGAGUUCUCCUCGAUGGAAUUUAAAUUUGAACAACAUUCAAGUAACAUGUGUUCCAGAACCGCUCGUGGGAGUAUGAAUAACCUUGUCCUGAAGAAUCUCACAAAAGAGACUCUGAUUUGGAAAUUGAAUUUUGAUGAUGCAGACAAAAAUAUAGAAGAUGGCAUUUUCAGAUUUAGUCAGAAGCGUGGAUGUGUGUAUAAAGAAAAAGAAGUCAGUAUUACUGUGUCAUUCCGCCCUCUUACUCAACAAGUAUUGGAGUUCUCCUCGAUGGAAUUUAAAUUUGAACAACAUUCAAGUAACAUGUGUUCCAGAACUGCUCGUGGGAGUAUGAAUUCUCAGAACCUUGUCCUGAAGAAUCUCACAAAAGAGACUCUGAUUUGGAAAUUGAAUUUUGAUGAUGCAGACAAAAAUAUAGAAGAUGGUAUUUUCAGAUUUAGUCUGAAGCGUGGAUGUGUGUAUAAAGAAAAAGAAGUCAGUAUUACUGUGUCAUUCCACCCUCCUUGUCCUGGGACAUACACAUCUGAAAUAUCCAUGUAUCUAGAUGAUGAUCCAUCACAGUAUGUGCUGAAAUUGUCUGGGACGCUGAGGAUGCCAAAAAUAGAUUUUCAUCCUCCCUUUUUAAUGCUGAUGCCAGUUCCUCUGGGUGUGGAAACUGAAGCAGUGGUCACCAUCAUUCCACAGGAUUUUUUAAGACAAUCACGAAUUAGAGUUAAACUUCCUGAGCUUGAACUUGCAGAUGGUACCAGAACUCUCCCUUUUUCUGUGCAGUUCCCAGAGGGACAAGAUAUUUUUCUUUCAUCAGAUGGAACAACUAAUGAACUGACUUGCCAUGUCAGCUUCAGUUCAUCCAAGCCAGUGUCAUUUUUAGGGGAAAUGCUCUUCAUUGACCAGGAAGAAAACAGGUUCCCAUUUCGGGUUGCUGGAACAGCAGACAAUUGUCUUCUUACCUUAUACCCGUACUUGGCAUUGCACUGCUCUGAUCAAAAAAUUAUCUGGAGAAGCAACAAUCAAGACUUCAGCACUGGAGAAAUUGUUUUACAGCCAAGUUUUACACCACGAUCAUCAUCACAUAGUUAUUCCACAAGUUCUUUGGGUGUUGCUAGUGACUCAAUCUAUGAAGAUUCUUCAUCAGAGAGUACCACUUGUGAAAGUGAGAGCAAUGAACAAGAGAGUGAUGAGAGUGAAGAAAUAAGAGAAGAGAGUGAAAGUGACAGUCAGGGUGAUGGGAGAGGAAAUAAACAUGAAUUAUCAUUUUUUCCUGAUGAAGAUAAGGAGGAGUACACCUUCUUUCAAAAGACCCUGAAAGCUGUGAAGAGUUGGUUCACACUGUUUGGCUGGUCUAAGGGACAAAAUCCCAUUUCAGUACCUCACUCACUGAGACGUGAUGUGUGUAUAGUCCAGCUAACCGUUGCACAAGAAAAGAAUUUUAAACGAAAGGUUGACAAAUAUAAGGGAUUUUAUGAGAUGAUAUUGCAUCUGAAUGGACAACCAAUACCAGGCAUUGCAGCGAGCCAGUCAUUGCCCCCUGAUCCAGUAGAAAGAAUGUUCCAACUCCAUUGGCAGCAUUCUGAAUUGCUUUCCUUCCUUAAAAGCCAAGGAGCAUAUCUUUCUCAUGUUAUGCCAGAAUUUCUGCUUUCACCUGAGGAUUAUGAGAUAUGGACAGAAGUGAAUACUGGACUGAGGUGUUUUACACCUGAAGUGAAGAGAGGAAGCAUGAGGAGCUCAGGCAAAUUAAGUGGCAGGCCUAUUUUUGUUCUGGAGGACAGAAUGUUUGAGACAAUGAGCAAACGAGCUUGGACAGAUGUGCUGCUGCAGAUAUACAAGGUGUUUGUUCUUCCACGCGUUUCUUCCCGUAUUGUUUCUGACCCAUCAAGCUUGGAAAACUUGCAGAACAUACCAGGAAUAAAAUCAGAACCUUUAUCCAGUAAUAUAUAUUCUCGACAUGAACGAACCAUCCUCAUCUGGUUGAAUAAACAUUAUGAGAAAAAUCGAAAAAUUGUGUGGAAAGAUAGUCAAAGAGGUGGAAUACCACCCAUGAGGUGGAUAGUGAAUUUUGACCGAGAUCUUCUAGAUGGUCUGGUACUGGCAGCACAGAUAGCAGCUUAUUGUCCAUACUUGAUUCCCACUCACUUCAUAAAGAUGUAUACUAAUCCAAAAACUUAUGAGCAGUUUCUGCACAACUCCUUGAUACUUGUGAAGGCUCUUCAUGCUAUCAGUCUGGAUCUAGACAUAAAGGCCACUGAUAUCUGUGAUCCAAACCCUGUCAUGAUGCUUAUUUUGUGUGUCCACCUGUAUGACACUCUCCCUCAGUACUUACCCAAGAGCAGUAUAGAAUUUACAGGUCCUCUCCAUGCUACCAUUGUGAAGCAGGUGCGCCUGAAAAACCCGAGCAAUAAUACUUUGGCAUACAGUGCUAUUGUUGUGGGAAGAGAUGCUGGUGAUUUCUCUUUGCCUAAGGGAAACACUGUUACCAUUCCUGCUACGAGACAAGGCUUUAUAAAUGUGGAAUUCACAAUUCGUUUUCUGCACCCUGCUGAAGCAGUAUUGAUACUGAUCUCAAAUAAAGUUGAUGGAAGAGAUGGUGCCACACUGACAUUCUCUCUGAAAUCUGAAGUUAAGAAUAUUGAGCCUCUUGGUAUGAUAAAGUGCAAAUCCCCAUGUUAUGAGCUGAAGAAAUUGAACCUAAAUGUUACUAAUCCCUUCAGAACCGAUGGCACAUUCAGGGUAAUUUUGCUGGAAUCCACAAACUAUUUAGUGCACCCAGAGAAAAUGUAUCAAGCCAGGCAAGUAAAGCAAGAGGUAAAGUUUAGUUCUGAAAAUAGCCUGUUAAAUUCAAGAAUUGGUGCAUUGCCUGAAGAUUCAAAGGAAGAGACUUGCUCUGAUCAAUCUGGCCUCCUGCAUGAGUUCUUCAGUCCAAUGGAAGAAGUGGUCUUGAAAGCGAAAGGUUCUGCAGCCUUAGAUAUUCACUUCCUUCCCUUUCAUCAGGAAAAGCGUUACUGCACUGUCAUUCUGGUUAAUGAAAAGAUUGGAGACUUUGUGUAUCUGAUUGAGGGAACAGGAGAUUUACCUUUGCCUUCAGAAUUGCCUGCACUGGACAGUCCAAAUGUUUUGUGUGCUACCAAUGCCUCAGAAGAUGCAAGUGCAGUACAACCAGUUUUAUAUUUGAAAUGUGGACUUGGUCAGACUCUGGAGGAAAAUCUGAGGAUUCCACUGAUCAAUGAGUCAAGAGAGAGGGCCCUGGCUCUCGCUGCACAGCAGCAGAUGUCAGCCCUUGAGUAUGAGAGGAGAUUGAUGACUGGGACUCUGCAGAGCAGCACCGUUCGAGUUGCAACUGCAUUGUUGGGGCUGUCCAGAGUAGAGAGACAUGCACUUCUGAAACCCCGUAAGCGCCCCUCAGAGAUGAAGUACGUGGAUUACAGUGUAGAACUGAGCAUGAAACACUUCUUUGAAGUUCCUAAAAAGUUCUCUAUUCCAGUGUUAGCUUCAGCCAGAGUUAAUUUGGACAAUUCAUCAGACAAAUGCACUGCAUCUCAGAAAACAGGUGGAAUUGAUACAGUUGAGUUUCCUCUAAAAUUCACUCCUAAGCAUGCUGGUUGCUACCACUGUCAGAUUAUUCUGAAGUCGUCCUGUGACAUUCGUGUCUAUGAGGUUGAAUGUGUGGUGAAUGCAGACCAGGCCGAUGCACAGCUCGAAUUUCUAUCUCCAGCUUACCAGAUGGUGACUCAGGAAAUUCCAAUUAGUAACUUAUCCUGUGAGGACUGGAGGUUUGAAGCAACUUUGGAAGGACAGUGUUUUCAUGGCCCUUCUGUAAUAAAUGUGCCUGUAGGCGAAACAGUUCAGUAUCCUCUCACGUUCAUGCCGGUUGCUGAGAGUGUAAUAAUGGGAAGGCUUAUUCUGAGAAAUGUUACAGCUGGAACUCAGAACAUCUUUAGUCUUAAGGGAAUAGGGAAGAAACCUCUGCCUCAGGAUUGCAUUGUGAUAGAGUGCCAAGUGGGAAAGGUCGCUCAUAAAAUCUUAUGGGUGCACAAUUAUACCAAGAAGAUGUUAAAAUACAAGGUGUAUUCCAAUCUCUCAAUGCUGAGUGGUGCCCCUGAUCUGACUGUCAACCCAGAGGACACCGCUGCUUACACUUUGAGUAUCUCUCCCUGCAGACGAGGAGUCUUUCAAGGUGUAAUUUCAUUUGUUGCUCAAGAUGAGGACCAACAGCAGCCUCAAGGCAGCAGCUCACCACAGAAGACAGAUGGUAAAAAGGCCCUUCAGAAACUGUCAGCAGGGACUCCACAAGCUCUUGAUGCAGGUAACUUUGGAGGAAGUUCUUCAAACUGCAAAGUGUGGUUCUCCUUGAAGAUUUACAGCACACCUGCAGCAGCAGAAAGGACAAUACAUGUGGACUGCAAAGCUCUGGAUACUGUUGGAAUUAAUAUUCCCAUCACUAAUCCUACCAAUAAAGUUCUCAAGAUGAGUGUGCUGCUGGACCAUCCAUCCCUUUUUGGAGAAAAGUCUUUCAUCCUCAGGCCCAAACAAACAUUUUCAUAUCACCUACAGUUUUCUGCAGCUGCUCUUGGCUCUUAUGCUGGAAGUGUCAUGUUCCGGUCAGAUGUGAUUGGGGAAUUUUGGUAUUCCCUGAAGUUCAACGUAGAGAAGCCAUCGCCAGCUGGGCUACCUGAUAUAGGAUGUGAGCUUGGAAAAUGGACUUAUGCAUACAUACCUCUUGCUAAUCCUACUCAUGAAACUCUGGUUCUACAAAUGGUUAACAGCGAUCCCAGCCAUUUUGCAGUUGAGGCUGACCCAAAACAACCUCUGACUAUUCCUCCUCAUUCCACCACCCAGCUGCCCGUGAGAUUCACUCCCUCUGCCCUUGGAAGACGCAAUCACAAGGCAACAGUAACCUUCAAAUGCCCAAAGUUUGGAGAGCGGAUAUUUCACCUGACAGGGUCUGGAAUUCCUCCUGCACGGAUGGAAGCAACCACCAUCAGUGCCUGCAUCGGCGAGUACUCCUCUGUCAUCGUAUCCUUCGAAAACCCAACUGCUGAAAACGUGGUGGUAGAUAUCCUGCUGGCAGAUCAGGGGCUGUUGAAUCAGCAUCUGAGUGCAUCUGUCCUGUCCCAGGCCACCUGUAAGGAAUCUGUUUUUCAUCUUCUGGUUAAACAGCCACAAGGAAUCCAUUUAGCUCCAAAAGAAAAACUGGAAAUCCCCGUGUUAUUCAUGCCAGCUGAAAUGAAAAUUUAUAAAGCAGUGUUGGUUAUUCAUGUAAUGAGGGAAAACGGUGAAAACUGGCCUUAUGAGGUUACUGCUGGAUCAAAUAAAGACUUAAACAGCAAUGUUACUGUAGCAGAGAAUGGGGAAACUCAGGGAAUACUUUGGAUCUAUCCAAUUAAUGGAACACCUGAAGCGCCACAGCAGAAAUCAGUUGUGAUCCGCUGUCAAGCCAGGCAGAGACUGGAACAGAGGGUAGAGCUGAUGCUGAUUGGUGUAAUGCCUGAUGCCACUGCUCUGCCUGACUCAGGGAAUUCUGCCACGGUCGAUUCGGAUGAGCCCAACACCCCAGAAGUCUCUGAUGGUUCCUCUGCAACACUGGAGUUUCUGUAUGAAUUGCAAUAUCAAUCAGAUGAAAUUAGAUCUCAGCUUGAAUCUUUGGUUGGUAUGCAGCUGGUUGAAAAAGAAUGGGAUACAGAAUCCAGAAUUGUAACGCUGAUCUUUAAUGUAGUGUUUGUACCUAACAAACCAAUGAGGAAUGAGGCAACUGUGAUAAUUCAGUGUGCUACAGGAGGCCUUUGGAAGUUUCCAUUGGUGUUCAUUGCCACGGAGCCAGAAGUGGAUGAUGUGAUCAACAUUGAAGCAGUUGGCCUGAAUAAAGAAUCCAUAGUUGGCUUUAAGCUCACAAGCCAGACAAGGUAA